CCAAACACAUUUUAUCUUCUAUAAUAUCUAUCUAUCCUAAUUUUCCUUCCUCACAUACACUGCAAAUGGUUAGAGCUUUGACAAACACUUUGACCCAUACCAAAUUUCCAAAACAUUGAAGGUACAAAUCAAGCAUGUCUUUGUACCUUUCUUGUGCUAUCACAACAAAGCCAUUUUUGAAGUUCAACAGCACCUUGAAAUAUCAACAACAGAAACCAAAUAUUUCAUUAGCGUUAGUGAGGUGUGAAUCAAUUUCAAAAGACUCAUCAGAGGAGAAUGAGUUGUCAGAAAAACGUUCAAAGUUGGAUAAAGGGUCUCCCAUUAUUAUCAUUGAAGCUCCAAAGAUGAUCAAAACUGCAGCUUCUGUCCCUUGCCUCAGAGUUAAUUCUGGCUUAGUCAAACCUGGUGAUGUUGGAAGAAUUGUUUCAAGAAAGCCAAAAGAUGUGUGGGCAGUGCGGCUCAGCAUUGGAACUUAUCUUAUUGAUGGCAAAUAUUUCAAGCCUUUAGAUAUUGCUGAAUAAUAAUCACACACACACACACACAAAUUGCUCUUAGUCUCUGUGUGUAAAUUAGUUAAGCAAAAUAUUAUAAUUUACGGGAUACUUAUAACGUUUUUGGAUAAAAAUAUAAUUUUUAAAAGUUAAAUUUUAGCA